AUGUUCAAUAACGGUCAUCCCCAGCAAUGGAACUACUAUCGUCCCUACCCAAAGCCGAGGAAGCGAGCAGAAGAAGGGCAUCCUCACCUUUUCCAAGACGCUCACCAGCGAGGCCAUAUCGCCCCUUCGCCGGAGUUUCCAACCGAUCCCCUGCCCUCUACGGAUGCCCCUGCGUCUCCUUCCAAUGUCCCACCAUCUACUUCGCGCGGAGAGUUCAACAUCGGUGACGCUCCCACUCGCCCAUCCAAUUACGCGUUUAUCCCGCACAGGAGGCCCUACACUGAUCCUCCCUCUCCGCCGACCGACAGACCGUUCUCUCCUCUGCCAAAGAACUUUUUCAACGAAUCGCCCGCGCCUUCGCCAGGCACUCCUUUGAAUCUUCCGAAGAAAAGGCCUUUGUUUUCAUCCCCGCCUGUCGCGCCUUCCCCUUUGCAUUACACCCCUCAAGCUCCCAAGCAGACACCCAUCGCCGCGGAUCCGCUUCCAGGAAAUAUUCAUCCUACGACAGGACCGCAACGCGUCCACGUGCGAGGGCAGCGUGCGCGGCCCUUGCAGCGAGGUUACGUGCGCCACCCUCCCCUAGAAGUCAUCCAGGCCGAAGCGCACGCCAACGUCAGCGCGCUGCUCGCUGCGAACCCUCUCGCACAGAAGGUGAUGGACGAGGGUCCCCUGGACAACGAAGACUGCAUGCUGCUCAAACAGUUCUCUCGCCUUGUCGUUCAGAAAGUGAUCCGCUCCGGCAUCGACGCCACACGUGAUGCAGUCCAGCGCGCAGCAGUGGAGAUGCCGCAACGCAUCAAGGAGAUAGAGGAGCACGAUAAGAAGGCGAAGGAGCUCUGGGAGGAGGAGGAACGUCGUGUCGAGGCGGAGCGCCUAGCCGACCAACGCCGCGUAGAGCAGAUGCAGCAGCAUGCCGAGCAGCUGCGCAUGCAACGCGAACAGGUGGAGCAGGCUCAUCGACUUGACGAGCUUAACCGCCUCCAUAAAGCGUGGAUGGGAAGGCGAUGGCGAGCGGAGCGUGAAGAGUCCAGGCGGAAGGCAGAGGAGCUCCGGAAGCGUGAACGCCUGGAGCGUGAGCGCAGGUGCCGCGAGGAAGCGGAGGCGCGGUUGCAGCAGGAAGAGGAGGCUAGAAGGAGGCAGGAAGAGGCGCGUAGACAGCAGGAGGCAACACGCCGGCGACAGGAGGAGGCAGCUCGCCAGCGACAAGAGGAGGCCCUCCGGGAGGCUCAGGCGGCGGAGGCAGUGUUCAUAUCACACGCCUUCGAAAGUUACGACUAUCGCUGGUCUGCGCUGAGGCAACCGAACUUCAAAUUCGACGGUCCCGUUCGUUUCUUCGACAUGCCUUGGCCAGUCUUUAUAGGCAUCACUGCUCCCGAGGAUAUCACCGAGGACUGCGUCCGAGACUUCUUGUUUCAUCCUCAGCGCCUGCCAGGCAAGACUCGGAGGGAAGUUCUCAAAGGUGAUAUCCUGAAGUGGCAUCCAGACAAAUUCAAAGUACAACUACCGAAGGUCCACGAAGCGGAUAGGAGUAAUGUCGCUAAGGCGGCUGGCAUUGUCGCCCGUAUACUAAUCAAGAUCAAGGAGGAGGAGGAUAAUAAUGUGUGA